UCGGAGCGUUCAUUAAAAAAAAGGAAUUAAGACUGUAAUUCGUACGGCUGUGCAGGCAGCCUUCAAAACGUGCCCCAAGUCUAACUGAUGCAAUAUCACCUGCCUGAGCCUGCAGCCAGCCUGAAACAAUUGCUUGGAGAUUUCUCUGCCCCACUCCCGUAAACAAAGGAAGAUGAGAAUUCAUUUCAUCUGAGUUUUACCUGCCCCUUGAACAACGGCACCAUGGAUCUGGCCUACGAGCUGCCCAACGUCACCGAGUUCUGGUUCUCCUCAGCCUCCCAGUUCGACAACUUCUCCACGGAGAUGUCUGCCAACGCCUCCCAGAACACUACGGGCCAGCAUUUUGACCUGACCAGCAACGCCAUCCUUACCUUCAUCUACUUUGGGGUGUGCAUCAUAGGCCUGUGCGGCAACACACUGGUGAUCUACGUCAUCCUCCGCUAUGCCAAGAUGAAGACCAUCACCAACAUCUACAUCCUGAACCUGGCCAUUGCAGAUGAGCUUUUCAUGCUGGGGCUGCCGUUCCUGGCCAUGCAGGUGGCUCUGGUUCACUGGCCCUUCGGCAGAGCCAUCUGCCGGAUUGUCAUGACGGUGGACGGGAUCAACCAGUUCACCAGCAUCUUCUGCCUGACCGUCAUGAGCAUCGACAGGUAUCUGGCUGUAGUCCACCCCAUCAAAUCCGCCAAGUGGAGAAGGCCCAGAACGGCCAAGAUGAUCAACGUGGCCGUAUGGGGCAUUUCCCUUCUCGUCAUUAUGCCCAUCAUGAUUUAUGCUGGGAUCCAAAACACCCAUGGAAGGAGUAGCUGCACCAUCAUCUGGCCAGGCAAGUCCAGCGCGUGGUACACAGGGUUCAUCAUCUAUACCUUCACUCUGGGCUUCCUGGUGCCCCUCGCCAUUAUCUGCCUUUGCUACUUGUUCAUCAUUAUCAAAGUCAAGUCCUCUGGGAUCAGAGUGGGCUCCUCCAAGAGGAAAAAAUCAGAGAAGAAAGUCACCAGGAUGGUCUCCAUCGUAGUGGCAGUCUUCAUCUUCUGCUGGCUUCCCUUCUACAUAUUUAACGUCUCCUCCGUCUCCGUCUUCAUCACUCCCACACCCUUCCUGAAGGGUAUGUUUGAUUUCGUCGUGGUUCUCACCUAUGCCAACAGCUGUGCCAACCCCAUCCUCUACGCCUUUUUGUCUGACAACUUCAAGAAGAGCUUUCAGAACGUUCUCUGCCUGGUGAAGGUCAGUGGCAUGGAUGAUGCAGACAGGAGCGACAGCAAGCAGGAAAAAUCCAGGCUAAAUGAGACCACGGAAACUCAAAGGACUCUGCUCAAUGGUGACCUUCAGACAAGUAUCUGAGAGGACUCCAGGAUUGCCCUUCUCAGCUGUCCUCUUUCCUCCUCCUCCCCACUCCUUUAUAUGGCAGUAGCACAUAGCAAGUCAGGUCAAGAGUACUUGGUCUUUGUUUGCUUGUCUUAGGGGAUGGUAAUGCAGGGAUGGGGGCCUGUGCCAGGAGUCGCCUCUCAGCAGAAGGCAGGUUGGUUUUGAGUAUUCAGAAAGAUGCUGCUCAAGUACAACUUCAUACAUGGAAAAAACAGACACACACACACACACGUGUUUAAACAUAUAACAUGAGGUCAUGGGCCAAAUUCAUUCCUGUUGCAACUGCAUUGGUUGCACUGGUGUUACCCCCAGGGAUGUGUUUGGACAUACAGAACAUGUUCACACAUCUCUAACCACACCCAUGUAAACGGGCAAAUUCAGUAGAGUUGCACAUGAGGCAUUUCUGCUGGACUUGGUUACACAUACCAACAUGCUCCAUACAGCAUAGAUCACAUAUGUCUAAACAGAGCUAUUCAUGUCUGUUUCUUUGCAAAUCAGGAGAGUCAGCUGAAAAUGAGAGAGAGAGAGAGAGAGAGAGAGAGCGAGCGCAGUCUUAAGAAUCAGAGUGCAUACACACUGAGAUCCUCCACUAGGACAUGAAGAAUAUUUCAUUUUAUUACUCAGCUAGUAAAAUUUUAUUUUUUUAAGAAUGAAUCUCCUGAAGCUCCCCUAGUUUUAUUAGACUAUUACUGUAUUUGUUUACAAGUUGCUUUUCCUGCCACCGGAGAAGCAACAGAUCAGAAUGAAAGAAAUCACAGCAGAAGGAAAAUAUCCCAGCCCCAGUACAGUGUGUGUGUGUGAGAGAGAGAGAGAGAGAGGAUGGACAGAUAGGACUUAGACUCCUAAGAGAUUUGGAACCCAAUUCCCAUUAAAAUUGAUGCCUUGAGGCAGCCUGGAAAAUCUCAGUUUAUAUACACACACCUGUGCAGUCAGAUACAUGGUGGUGGUAUGUACCUGAGCAGUGAUAUUUGUGGUGCACCUUUGAUCACCUGACCUGGACUCUGCCCACCAGUCCAUCUGUCCAGCGUUACUUCUCACCUCCCAGACCUUAGAGCAGCUUCAAAUACAGCCACCUUCCCUCCCCCCACCCCCUCGCUUAAAUCAACUUGCCAUAAAAAAGCUUUUCUCCUCUCCCUCAAAUGUAUAAUGUUUCCCUUCUUCCACCUGAAAUGAACUAUAAACACUGCUCCAAAGGGCGGCAUGGCCAUCUUCAGUCCUGGGCUAGUGGUGGGUUCCCAUAGUCACACAGCCGUUGCUUUUCUGUUGUUUUCCUCUAGUGGAAUAUGGCAGGGACUUUUAGCGAGCGGCUGGCUGAGAGGGAUCAGAGAUUAGCAGCAGCAUCCUUCCCAUGGAAAGUACCUGCAAGUUUUUAAUCUGCAGAGAGACACACAGAUUCUGAGUGCCGUUCAGUUCUAGUGUUCAUGAUGCUGGGACUGAAACAGCUACCAGAAUAUUGCUGAGGUGUACGUGUGCUUUGUGUGGUGUUAUCACACACACACUCACACACACUCUCUAUUGAAUCCAUUGUCUCUCUCUCUCUCUCUGGCUGCUCAGCGAGGCCUUUAAGUCCCAUGUGCAUGUUUUCUGUUGAUGUUCCUGGCGAAGGCUGACUAGCAAGACAAGGUGGAUGCUUUACUUUGCCAUUGCUCUGAGCGUGGAUGUUUCUGACGCCGCAGAUGUUGUCUAAAGAAGGUACCAAGUGAGAGGCUAACGGACAUUUGACAGCUCUGUCUAAAAUACUGACAGAUGCCAGGCAUGGUUGGUGUGUGCUUGGUUCUAAAAUUUAGUUACCAUUGGGGGGGUGGAGGGGUGGGUUCGGAUUCUGGGGGAAUGAGCUGUGAUACUGCCGGGCCAAAUUUUCUUCUCAGUUACAGUGGUGUAAAUCUAGCCUAACUUUCUUCAGAAAGCAGAGCACAGCUUCUCCACACCUGUGAAGGCAGCUGUAAAGUGCUUGGGGGAGUCUGGAGCCAUGGUGCCAAGAUACUAUGGCGAUAGAUGUAAAUACGUCAGCUGGGUCAGCGAGGAUCACAUGCUGGAGGCUAGAGCAAAUGGUAAUUGCUGGGUUCACCUGUAGAGAAAUCUACUGAUGCUAAUCAGAUCUGCUCCUCACCCCCAAUCCACCCCGUCAGAGUGACUUUAGGGAAUAGGGAAACCCUGCCAAUAGGGAAACCCUGCGGCUUAAGGGGUCUGAUCGGGGGGAAAACAGAACAGACAUUUUUUUCUUUAAACCGCCAGUAGGUCUCCAAUUGCACUGGUAUAACUAGCAACCUAGACUUGGUCUCUUGUGAUGUGGUGCUUUCAGGAGAAGAGGAAGCCCUGGGGAGAUGGGAGUGACCUCUUUUGAAGCAGCGAGGGGAGCUGAAUGUUUGUUCUCCAGUGCUGCGGAGUGCUAGAGAAAUGACGCCUGCAUUACGGCCUUAUAGAUUUCGGAGGGCAAGUAUGUAAAUCACAUUUUCUGGAGGAAGAAAGCUCAUCGGGUACACAGCCAGGCCUCCCUCCAGCUCUCACCUUGUUCUCUAGUCAGCCCGAGGCAUUUUGGUGGUGCUUGUCACCCUAGUGUCUGAAAGUUUUACAAAUGAUUCCCGCCCCAUUUUACAGAUGAGGAAACCGAGCCCUGCAGAAGUUAAAGCCAGUGUUUUCCAGCGUUGUUUCUCACUGGGCCGACUCCAUGCCCUGGGUGCCGACGUGCCUCAAGCCGGGCACCCAAAAGUGAAAGCAGCCCAGCUGAGCGGGGGUCGUUUGAAAACUUUGGCUGAGGCCGUGCCCAUGCUCCCGCUGGGAGCCUCCCCACUCCCAGUCCUGUGCCUCAAAUACAAGGUUUCUCCUCCCUCCCUUUGCAGCCAGCCCUGAUCCUUCCACCUAGCACCACGCCUCCAAAGCCCACAAGUGGCAUUCAAUGCUACAGGCCGUGUUCCCUAGAACCCCACCCCUUGAUUCCCCCAGGCACGGUCAUUUACAACAGUGCAACGGGGUGGACAGGGCUCCUCAGCCAGCCUAGGAACCAUUUACACUGGGGUCAAUAGCUACACAAGGAGGAUCUGGCCCCUGGGUGCUAACUAGCUAGGUUAGCGUUCUGCUGGUGCAAAGCAGAGUUUUGCACAGUCGCUUCCAUCAGAUGAAUGUGCCCUUCAUUUGUUUUGAACCAGAAUCUUGAUAUACUCCCCUCUCCGUUACAUUUAACACCUGCUCAGGCGUGAAACUCUGCCCUCAGUUACCAAUAUGCAACCCCAUUGCCUUCAGAGGGGGUAAUCGACAUCUGGGCUCACGCGUGUAAGCAAUCUCUCCCCCUCGCCCCAGCUGUCUUUUCAAACACAGGACAGAGAACAAGAAGUUUCACACACACACACACACACACACACACAUGCACGCACGCAGCCCGUUAGCUUGUUGCUGGCCAGGUGGCAAGGACCCUGUUUUAUCUCUGGGCUGUCUGAGGUAUGCUGCUAUAUGCCAUUUUUAUAAGGAGGAAGUAAAUAUUAACCAAGGCUUUGCAACAACAAAAAAUAAAAUAUACUAUUGAUGCUCCGGGGAUUAAAAACAAGAGGAACAUGUCACAUUAAAAUGAAA